AUGUUACUUUAUCCCCUUGCUCUAGCCCCGCUAGUAGUAUCGUUCUUUGUGGACGUCGCUGCUGCUGCCAAUAAUGGAGGGUUUGAUCAAGCCACAACCUAUACGACCACCACUAAUGACUCUCCCCAAAACACAGAGUCGUCUUCAUUGGCUGGUCGGGAAACAACUCUGACUAGCGUCUCUACGGCCUCGGCGUCUGUGACGGCGUUACUUGUGGAUACAAAGUAUGACUCCACUACUUCCAAGGGCUCCACCACUACUUCCACCUCCACAUCCUCGGCAUUACCAGCUGCUUCUGGAACGAGGUACACGGUCACCAUUCAGGGAACCGUAUACAUUUCAUAUGUCAUGACUGCAGAGGUGGCAGGAUCCUCUUCCACGACGUCCACGACGUCCACGACAUCCCUGAUUCUGAGUCUGAGUCUGACUCUGUCGCUGACUCUGACCAAGCCAGCUCAACUCACUACGGUGAUCAUUGAGACAGUCGGUGCUGCUUCCUCGAGUUCGCUGCAGACUACCACAAGCGAAGAAGGUGCCCAAGAUUUGACUACCAUCGUUAUCUACUCUACUGUGAAUCCCGAAACAUCCUACGUGUAUUCGGAAGUCACCGGGAACCAGCAGGGAACAGGAAUCAGCUACAACCAAUGGGGAUUCACUGGCUCGCAGUCACAGUGGUCGGAAAAUGUCGGAGCCACAGCUUACACGGUAUGGACACUGAAUGGAAACGUUAUUACGGGGUCAGUGGUGGCAUCCGAGACAAUCGUUGCAGGCACCACGCUCACAAGGACAACCACAACGUCCAAUGCUGAUCUUACCGUCACCAGAGCCAGUUCUGCAACCACCACGAAUACUGCCAACGGUGCCAAUGGCCUUCUUCUAAACUUCCGAACAUGUAGCUGGAAACAGCUCGGUGCAUUAAUGUCGGUGGCUGCAUUGACUGCUGCAUUCCAUUGCAUAUAA